AUGACGCUUUCUUUGAUGCUUUGUGCGUGCCGCAGCAGCAUUACACGCCUCCCGGGACUAUGCAGCAGCGGCACGUCACUUGCUACCAAGAGUCCCUGGAACCGAUACGGGUCUGUUUUCUAUUUCUCGAAAAAAAGCGGCAACCUUGAGUCGCCCGCGGCAGAGUCAAGCGCUAGUGCUUCCGAUGGACCCGCAGUAUCCAAAGCAUCCCACGAUGCGGUAGCUGAACUGGCUACCGCACGUGUUUUCGGGCAAGAAUGGACACAAAGUACGCGAGGCAUGCGACCGAGCACGAAUGCACGAGCGUGGAAGGCUUCUGAGCUACGACUAAAGUCCACGGAUGAUCUGCAUCGAUUGUGGUUCGUGAUGAUGAAAGAAAAGCUGGCCCUGCUGAGCGAACGAGAUUUUUGCCGUCGAAAUCAGCUCCUUUGGAAAGGCUCGAGUGAUUUGUGGAAACUCCGCAAAGGCAUGGCGCGUCUCAAGACCGUCGUUGGGGAGCGCAUUCGUCAAAAGCAGGCUGAGCAGCGUGAGAGAAAAUGGACGGAGUAG